CUCCCGUCUUGCUAAACCCCAGUUUCUAAUGGAACACGGGAUUAAAAUAGACAUCCCAAGCAGAAAUUCAAGAGCCAUGGUGCACUGCUCAAAAAAGAAAAAAGAGCCAUGGCGCUAGAGCUCCAGGGGAUUUCGAAUCUCUAGCACCCCCAACCCUGGUUUCGCGCAGAGCAGGUCUCAUCCACGCCCUAACCACACCGCGCUAGCUCCCGUCGUUUCCCUCUCCUUCAGUCAACUGUCAAGGUACCGUUAAUGACAAAUCAUCCGCUACUCCCCAUAGAUAUUGGAACACCAGCAGUUGCACCAGACAGCAGAUCUAUUUUCUUAUGAUGUGCUAAUCUAUUGCAAUCAAUUCGACGCCGGACCAGAAUCCACCUUUGCUGGAGUAUAUGAUGGCCAUGGCAGGUCAAAAAGCAAUGUUGGAAUGUGAAAGAAGUUUGCGCCUACAAAGAGAUGUUUGGCAUAGUGGGCUUCAUAGAACUUUGGACAACCAUAUAGAGAUAUCUAAGAAUUUUAGGAUACAUGGGCAUGAGGGCACUGUUUCCUUCAUAACUGCAUUAACUGAGCAGUUAUAUGCUGCUUGCAACACACUGAGGCUUUUGUCAAAUGCGGAUUAUAAAGUAUGUGUUGUUGGUCCCUUUGAGGUUAGCUCGAGGGAACCUCUUCGUCGUGCUGCUGCUGAAUUAAUGGAGAUAAUUGGAUCUGCGGUAAGUAUCUUAUUGUAUUUCUUUUCCAUUGGUAGCAAUCAUAAUUGUAAUCUUUUAUUACUUCUUUACCCUAUACACUUAUUUUCACUUGAGCUUGGUUGGCUUCAGUGAAAUGAUAUCUCCUCGGUAUAAUUUGAGCCCUCUUAUUAAGAGUUGUUUGGUCUUGAAGUGACUGAAUGUACUGAUUUUUUAAAAUUAAUGAGUUAUGGUACAUUCUUCUCAUAAUCUACAUCCAUUCAUUAUAAAUACUUUUGUGAGAUGAAUGGGUUGCCCAAAGUUGUGUAACACAUCUUAUGUACAUUGUAUUAUUGCACUACCAGAAAUAUGUCUGGUUUACAUGGAUGAUUGGUUUUUAGGAAUGAACUGCAAAUAUUGUUUGAUGAAUGGGUUUCAGAUGGAAACUCUA